UUGCGUAGACUCGACUCGAUUGAUCCAUUUCGUGCAGCCUUGGGCACUUGGGCGCCGCACAUCUCGAUGCCCAAUAUGCUCUCUUUCAGCAGGACUGGGCUCACAUGGAGAUGUUCAGACCGGAUCCUUUGAAACUUUGUGGUGGGACCAGGAAACACGAAAACAAAGUAGCUCCAAACGAAGACGUUUGUUGUUGCUGCUCUCAUUAUUAUGUCUGAGCUCCAUUGUCGUUCCAGCUCCGCGACGAGACCAUCCCUCCUUGCGAAGACACGCCUUUGAAGCAACAUGAGCGAGAGUUUCUGCAGCUGCCUGGCAAAGAAGAUUUAUCCCUCGCUGAGAUGGGGGUCAGAGGGUACGAAAUCUCACAAGUAUCUUCCACGAAGCACAACCAUCGAUAGUGAAAGUGACAUCCCUCUCAAGGUAGUUUUGCUGGGUGGUGGCAUUGUGAGUAUGGUUGCUGCCCUCCGAAUCAAGGAAUUGCGUCCUGAUUAUGAGGUUUCGGUCGUCGUGAAGGACAGCUUCCCAAGCUUUUCCACUGGAGGGAUUCCGUUCUACCUUGCUGGCAAUGUUCCCGGAGGGCACACAAGCUUGGCACAUCACACUAAAGAUGAAAUCUUGGCCCGUGGUGUGAAGCUCUACCUUGAAACCACUGCACUGUCUGUGAACAAGGAAGACAAGACUGUGUUGCUCAAGGACAACACCGAUUCCGCCGAAUUUGAGCUACCCUUUGAUAAGCUUGUGAUUGGCACAGGAAGUCGCCCAGUCAAACCAAAAGUUCCAGGUGUGGAUCUACCAAAUGUUUUCUUCUUGAAGACCAUUUCUGAUAUGUGUUCCGUUGAGGAGCAUUUGAAGACGGGGAAUCCCAAGUCGGCUGUCAUCGUUGGUGGUGGUUAUGUUGGCUUGGAAGUAUCGGAAGCUCUUGUAGCCAAGGGCAUUCAAACAGCUGUGGUGGAGAAGAACAGCCACAUUCUCAAGACAUUUGAUGAGCAACUGGGCCUCAUUGUCCAAGACAAGCUGGAAGCCCAUGGCGUCCAAGUUGUCCAUGGCAAAGGUGCCAAGUCCCCUGUGGUGAGCAUUGAGCCAAACUGCCAGCACGAAGAAAGCAAGUUACUUGUCAAGACUGCUCAAGGAGCAAUUGUCCAGGGAGAUAUGGUCUUGGUUAGUGUGGGCGCCACCCCCAACUCAGACAUGUUCCCAGGUGAAAAGACAAGCAAUGGUGCCAUUGUGGUCAACAAGAGGUGUGAAACCUCCAUUCCAGAUGUCUAUGCAGGAGGGGAUGUUGUGCAAACUCAUCACUUUGUGACUGGAAAGCCUGUGUACUUCCCAAAUGGGACAGUUGCCCACAAGCAUGGUAGGAUCAUUGCUGAGAAUAUUUGCGGCAUGCAUGUGGAGUAUGUGGGAACAAUCCUUACUCAGACUAUGAAGUUGUUUGACAUGGUUGUCACUAGGACAGGCCUUUCCCAAGCUGAGGCCCUGGCUGAAGGUUUUGAUGCUGCCACUGUUCAGGUGAAAGAAAAUGAUCAUAAUCACUACAUUCCACCCUACUGCAUGCUCGAGAUAAGGUUCACAGCAGAGAAGACCACUGGCAAGAUCUUGGGUAUUCAAGUGCUUGGUGAUUGCAAAGCAGAGGUCAGCAAAAGGGUUGAUAUUGUGGCAGUUGCCAUUAUGAGAGGUGUCACUGUGGAUGAGUUCAUUCAAAUGGAUCUUUCCUACACCCCACCCUUAUCUACACCUUGGGAUCCUGUGGUUUCAGCUGCUCAAGCCUGGCAGCGCCAAUUCGUGGAACUCGUGAAUUGAGAGCAACUAGCUGGAUGACUAAUUUUGGAAGCCAUUGUUUCAAAGAAUAGAAGUCUAAAUGAAUACGGUAGACUGAUUUUGUUGUCUCU